ACAGUACAAAACCCCUCCCCUCUGCAAAUAAAAACAACAAAACCCUUAUCCCUUAAUAUAAUUCCGGCGUCUUUCUCGGCCGACCUCGAUUUUCCGGUGACAACUAUUCGAUCUUACGAGUUCACAUUCAAUUUAAUUGAAAGUUAUGCAGCAAGGUGAUCACACAUUGUUAAGUUUGAGACCCGGUGGCGGUGUCAGAGGCAGUAGAAUCACAGCUUCUGCGUUCAGUUCUUCAGCUUUUGCUUCUUCUGAUCUUCCGAUUCUCCGUACUCACGCUUCCAAGACCAGAGACUCUCGGUUCGAGGGGCACGAGGUGGUUCGGUUCACUCGAGAUCAGUUGUUGCAGCUUAGGGAGGCUGUGAAGAUCACUGAUGAUAUUUUAAGAGUUAAACAAGAGGUUGAAGCUGAGUUUUUUGGUGCUGAUCAGGACUGGAAUCGCGUGGAGAAUAAUUUGCAAAAUCAACCAAAUCAGUCGGCUAUUCGUCAGUUAGAGCCAGACAGCCGUGAUUGGCGUAGUCGACCUACACCAUUGCCCAGCACUGUUGAUUUGAGACAUAAUGGAGGAAAUCAAUAUAAUCGUCAGGAUCAGCAAGACUUACAGUACAGAAGAGGAACUUUCUCUUCUCAGCACGGGGGAGGUCCUACUCCAGCUCUUGUAAAGGCUGAGGUUCCAUGGUCAGUUCAAAGGGGAACCCUUUCUGAGAAGGAACAAGUACUCAAAACAGUGAAAGGUAUUUUGAAUAAGCUGACCCCAGAGAAGUUUGAUAUUCUGAAAGGUCAACUUAUUGAUUCUGGGAUAACGACUGCGGACAUUUUAAAGGGUGUUAUAUCAUUAUUAUUUGAUAAGGCAGUGCUGGAACCGACAUUUUGUCCCAUGUAUGCAGAGCUGUGUUCUGAUUUAAAUGACAACCUUCCCCCAUUCCCAGCCAAUGAGCCUGGUGGGAAAGAGAUCACAUUCAAGAGAAUUCUUUUGAAUAACUGCCAGGAGGCUUUUGAAGGCGCUGACAAGCUUAGGGAAGAAAUUAGGCAGAUGACUGCUCCGGAGCAAGAUUGGGACCGAAGAGAUAAAGAAAAAAUGAUGAAGCUUCGUACUCUCGGAAACAUCCGUCUGAUUGGGGAGCUUCUGAAGCAGAAGAUGGUGCCUGAAAAGAUUGUUCACCACAUUGUUCAGGAACUUCUCGGCCCUGAUAAUAAGACCUGCCCCGAAGAGGAGAAUGUUGAGGCUAUAUGCCACUUCUUUAAAACAAUUGGAAAGCAGCUUGAUGAGAAUCAAAAAUCAAAACACAUCAAUGAUGUUUACUUUAUCCGACUGAAGCAACUGUCAACAAACCCUCAACUGGAAGCACGACUAAGAUUUAUGGUUCGUGAUAUUAUUGAUCUGCGUUCAAAUGGUUGGGUACCCAGGCGGGAAGAGGUGAAAGCCAAAACCAUUACAGAAAUCCAUACUGAAGCAGAGAGGACCAUGAACUUGCGUCCAGGUGCUACUGCAAUUAUUAGAAAUAGUCGAGCUAUGUUAUCUAAUGCUCAGGGCGGUGGUAUAAGCCCAGAGGGUUUUCCCCUCAACCGACCUGGAACUGGUGGUAUGAUGCCUGGAAUGCCAGGAACCAGAAAGAUGCCUGGGAUGCCUGGAAUUGAUAAUGACAACUGGGAGGUUCCUAGGUCGCGGUCGAUGCCAAGAAAUGAUCCAAAUCAGUUGGCUGGACGUGUUCAGUCUCCAUCAGUUGGCAGGUCAGCAGCGUUGAAUGCAAGAUAUUUACCUCAGAGUGGGGCUAGAAAUGGCGGGCCUAGUGGCUUAUUGCAGGGUAAUGCUGUCACUUCUGUUCGCCCUUCUCACUUCAGCUCUAGUGUUGAACCUACACCUCCUUUUCCUGCCAGGCCUGUUACUGGGGCAGCCGUGCUUCCAGUUGCCAACCAAUCAUCGGCUUCUGGUAGAACAAGUCCGGAAGUAUGUAAGAGGAAAACAACCUCACUUCUGGAAGAAUAUUUCAAUGUACUUAUGCUGGAUGAAGCAUUACAGUGUGUUAAAGAAUUAAAUUCCCCCGAUUACCAUGCUGAAUUUGUCAAGGAAGCAAUUUCUCUUGCUCUAGAGAAAAGCCCCCCAUGUUUGGAACCUGUUGCGAAGCUACUGGACUACCUGUAUGCGAAGAAUGUACUUACAUCUGCCGACAUAAAUAGCGGAUGCCUUCUCUAUGGUUCAAACUUGGAUGAUGUUGGUAUUGAUUUACCUAAAGCACCCCUCAAUUUUGGGGAGAUAAUGGGAAAGUUAAUUUUGGCUGGGGAGUUGAGUUUUAAGGUGGUAGAGGAAGUGCUGAAAAAGAUGGCGGAUGACAUCUUUCAGAAAGCUGUAUUCAGUGCAGCAUUGAGGAUCAUUACUUCGAGUCCUUCUGGUCAAGCUGUAUUAGAUAUGCAUGCUGCUGAUAUUGAGUCUUGCAAGAGUCUUUUUUAGCAAAUGUUCCCAUCCUUUUAAAUCAGGACAAAGCUGGAGUCGUAACAGAUUUUCGAAUGAGUUGGGUAUAUGUAGUGUAUUCUGUCAUUUGAAGUGACGCGGCCGGAUAUUGCCAUAGCCCAUAUAUCAUGUUGAGCAGAAUGGUAGAAUAGGAAGAGGCUGUUUUUAUAUUUUAUUUUAAAAAAAAUUCCUAUUAAUUCUUUAUCUUCUGUGCUAAAACCUUAGCAAGGAGUAGGUUUUUGGUCCGGGGCAGAUUAUAUGUUGUACUGUGCAUCUUCCAUCUUCAUUCUAGCUUCUUCGGCUACUGUUUCUUUAUUAUUGAAAAUGUAUAAACUGAAUUGAGCAGAUUGCUGCUUAGCUAAAUUGACUCUUUUUUUUAA